GACCUCAAGCAUCAACUUCAAUCUACAGAGACCGAUAGCAGAAACUAGGAGUUAGUAACAAUGGGAGCGGGCACGGCUGAAAACAGCGAAGCUCUCAAGUUCGAAGAGAGUUUUGUUCAGAGCGAAGAGCAUCGUCCCAAGCGUUUAUCUGCUUCUCCUCACGAUAAUGUCAAAAUACCACUUAUAGACUUGGAAAAGAGCUCCGCAGAGGAUGUGGAAAAGGCGUGCAGAGAGUGGGGAUUCUUCCACCUUGUCAACCAUGGCUUUCCAGACCAUCUUCUCCGCCGCGUAGAGUCCGCUGCAGCCGAUUUCUUCUCGUUGCCGGUGGAAGAAAAGAGACAAGUUUCCAGAGAUGCUGAAAACCCCUUGGGCUACUUUAAUACAGAGCUUACAAAAAAUGUGAGGGAUUGGAAAGAGGUUUUCGAUUUUGUGCCGCGUGAGGAAAUCCAAUUGCCGGCAUCUGGUGAUGCCCAUGACCUUGCCACAUACACCAUCAAAAACCAGUGGCCGAACAGCCAUGAGGAUUUCAGAGAUGCUUGCCUAGCUUACGCAGAGGCUGCGAGGGAGGUGUCGUUUAGGGUGCUAGAAUUAAUAGCACGGAGCCUUGGUUUACCUGACAUUCACCUGAACGAGUAUUUCAAAGAUGAUAUAAGCUUCGUGCGCCUGAAUUGUUACCCGCCAUGCCCGGCCCCUGAGCUGGCACUAGGCGUGGGCAGGCACAAAGAUGCCGGUGCCGUCACCCUUCUUCACCAAGAUGAGGUGGGUGGACUGGAGGUGAAGCGCAAGGACAAUGGUCACUGGCUCCCCGCUCAACCGGUGCCCAAAUCCUUCGUUGUCAAUGUAGGAGAUUGCAUACAGGUGUGGAGCAAUGACAGGUACGAGAGCGUAGAGCAUAGAGUGGUGGCGAAUGAUAGCCGAAGACGCCUGUCCAUUCCAUUUUUCUUUAAUCCUUCCCACUAUGUGAACGUGAAGCCUUUGGAGGAGUUGGUGAGUGAAGAGAAUCCUCCCAAGUAUACGGAGUACAACUGGGGAAAGUUUUAUAAGCGGAGGAAAGAUGGCAAUUUUAAAAACCUGGGAGUUGAGAAUCUGCAAAUCUACCACUUUAGAAUCUGACUGCUACGAGAUAAGUGACAUGGGAUCACCUAUUGUUACGAACAAAAAUGUCUUUCAACAUAAGCUGCUAUUAACGAGUAAAGUCUCUCAGAUGAAUAAUUUGUAAAUAUGGUAAGAUAUAUUAGUCAUGGUGUAUAGGGCGAUUGCAGCUUCACGCUGUCUUCUAUGGAAUGCUGUUAUGUCUGCUCCUUCAAGGUGAUUAAAUAUUGUGUUGAUGGUACUUUUAAUGUGCCCUUAAAGGUUUGAAAUUCUAGAAUGGGUUUUGUGCUCAUGUAAAUAGUUUCCACAAGGUCUUGAGUGAUGAAUUUUGAGACUCCUAGUUGAGAUUGUCAAAGGAAUAUUGUCUGGUCAGAGAUAUAACCAAAUCAAUGAGUUAGGGCAGGUUUCAA